GGACGCCAGCCCGAAAUGCGUUUCCGACUUCAGCCCCACCAGCUGCGAAACUGUGCCGACAGUGAAAAAGUCACCGACCUUGAUUCACUCCGAUUUAUCAGCUGUUUAUGCUACUGUCGUUUUGAACAAGAUAGUUUUGUUCUUGGGAACAAGUAAUGGACAGUUACUGAAGGUUAUUCUUAACAAGAAUCUGAAACCGAAUUGCCCUGAAAUUUUACAUGAAAUAGAAGAAGAAACACCAGUUUUUCCCAAACUUGCCCUUGACCCAAUGGAUAGUAACUACAUAUAUUUGGCAUCUGCUAACGAGGUGAGGAGAAUACAAGUUGCAAACUGCAGUAAUUAUGUUUCUCAUCCAGAUUGUUUGUCUGCAGAGGAUCCAUACUGUGAAUGGUGUAAUUUAACUAACAGGUGUACCUUGAAAGGAAAUUGUUCACGUUCAGACAGUUUACCAGAUUUGGUUAACAGUUUACACGAAAUGGAUCAGUAUGCUGUAAUCCAGAUAAAGAUCAUGCAUCAUGAAAAUAAGGUUCUCAAGAUUAUUGAGAUGACAGUUGGAAAUAUUCCACCUGAUUUCCAAAAGGAUUCUUUUUGUAGGAUAACAAAUGCAAAACAAACCAAAAUACUUUGUGAAAAUGAAAAGCAACAAAUCUUGAACUGCAGCUGCAAUCUAACAUACACAGCACCGACUACUAAUGAUUGUUCAGCAGUUGAAGUGUCCGUCAUCUCAGGUUCUUGGAAUUUAUCAGAGACAUUUCUGUUGCCAAACUGCUUACAUUGCAGUGGUACCAGCGAAAAUGAUUGUUCCUGUUGGCCUAAUGAUGAUUCCAUAGAUCAGCAUAUCCACAUUAAUUCCAUAAAACCUUCAUCAAUAUCAACAUUAGGCAAAGGUGAAGUGAUCAUUGAAGGAAGAAACUUUACACAAGCAUCAGAUUUGAAGGUGGUGUUGACUGGGUUUGGUGGUUGUAAACGAGAAAUCAUCAAUGUUGGCAAGGCGUUAAACGACACACACAUGAUAUUCUCUCUCCCUCCGGGACGCAAAGAAGCCAAGAGGGUUUGCAUAAAGGCUACUGAGCAUAAGUGCUCAUCACCAGUGACACUAUACUAUGUCUCACCACCAUCAUGUAUUAAUAUUAAACCAAACAGCUCCUGGGCCAGUGGUGGUCGCAAAAUAACUUUGUUUGGUAGAAAUGUUAAUGUAGCAGAUGGUGUGGUUAUUUCAGAUGAAAAGAGAUUACAUCUGAAUGUCUCAAGUUACCCUGAAAAUACUACUUGGUAUCAUUUUCUAGCACCAGAAGUUAGCCAUGCAAAAGCAAGUAAAAUUGUUGAUGUGCUCUUAAAAGUGGAAAAUGCCCACAAACCAUGUAUUAAGUUGCAAUAUUAUCCUGAUCCUGUAUUCAUUAACUACCAACUGCAAACUGAGAUGGACCCUCAUCUGGAGUUAAAGUUAUAUAAAGAAAAUGACAACUUAGACAUUUCCAAAAAUGAGAUUGAAGUUUUUCUCCAUUAUGAGAAUGGUUUGCAUUUGAGAACCAUACAUUUCAGUGUUCAAAAUAUUACCAAAAAUCCAAAACGCAGUACUGUCCUGUGCAAAGGCAAAAGGGAAGGACAAGACAAAAUUGAUUUUUCUGCAGUGAAAAUUUACGUCAGAUUAGGACACUUAAAGCAUGAAGUCAAAGCAAAAUCAUCACACAUGUAUUUGUAUGUGCUUAUUUUGCUUCCUAUCUUAUUCCUGGCUGUAAUUUUAGUGGCAUUCAUAGUAACUAGACGUAAAUCCAAAGAGUUAACCCAUAAACUGAGUGAGCAACUUGAACUGCUGGAAUGUGAACUUCGGAAAGAAAUACGUGAGGGAUUUGCUGAACUGCAGAUGGAUAUGUCAGAUGUGGUGGAUAGUUUUGGAACUGUUCCCUUCCUUGACUACAAACAUUUUGCUCUUAGAACUUUCUUCCCAGAGCCAAAAACACUUGCAGCUCCCUUCACAGAAGACAUGCACACUAAUGUACCACCGGACAGAGACCAAACUCACAAGGAUGAAAGCCUCACUCUGUUACAGACUUUAAUUUGUAACAAGAAUUUUCUUGUUACUCUCAUUCACACCCUUGAAAAGCAGAAAACCUUCUUGGUGAAAGAUAGGUGUUUGUUUGCUUCCUACUUGACCAUUGCACUACAAACUAAGCUAGUCUACCUAACUCGUAUUCUAGAAGUCUUGACAAAGGAUUUGAUGGAGCAGUCUAGCAACAUGCAACCUAAGCUCAUGCUAAGGCGCACAGAAUCAGUGGUAGAAAAACUGCUGACAAACUGGAUGUCCGUUUGCCUUUCUGGUUUCCUUCGGGAGACGGUUGGUGAAACUUUUUAUUUGCUUGUGACAGCCCUCAAUCAAAGGAUAAACAAAGGUCCUGUGGAUGUAAUAACUUGCAAAGCCCUCAACACACUAAAUGAAGACUGGCUGCUGUGGCAAGUGACUGAAUUCAGCACACUGACACUGAAUAUCAUCUUUGAAAAAGACCCAGAUAAUGAGAAUGCAGAUACCUGUCAGACUAUCUCAGUCAGUGUUCUGGAUUGUGAUACUAUAGGUCAAGCCAAGGAGAAGAUCUUUCAAGCUUUUGUAAAUAAGAAUGGCUCCCUUUAUGGUCUUCAGCUUGAUGAAAUUGGUCUUGAACUUCAGUCUGGUGCACAGCAAAAAGAACUGUCAGAUAUAGACGAGUCCUCCCCGAUUCUGGAAGAUGGGAAAACAAAGCUAAACACCAUUGGUCACUAUGGGAUUUCGGAUGGUGCAACUGUCAAAGUCCUUAAAAAGAAAACACCAGAUGUGGAUUACUCUGAUGAAUACUGUCAUUUGAUUUUACCAAACUCUGAAACAGUGAAAGAUAUUCAGGGAGCAAAAACCAAAGGAAAGCAGAAAUUCAAAGUAAAAGAAAUGUAUCUGACAAAGCUGCUGUCUACCAAGGUUGCAAUUCAUUCCGUUGUUGAAAAGCUCUUCAGAAGCAUCUGGAGCUUACCUAACAAUAAAGCCCCUGUUGCUAUCAAAUACUUUUUUGACUUCUUGGAUGCUCAGGCUGAAAGUAAAAAGAUCACAGAUCCUGAUGUGGUUCAUAUAUGGAAAACCAACAGUCUUCCUCUUCGCUUCUGGGUGAAUAUAUUGAAGAACCCCCAGUUUGUCUUUGAUAUUAAGAAGACUCCACAUAUAGAUGGUUGUUUGUCAGUAAUUGCACAAGCUUUCAUGGAUGCCUUUUCUUUAACAGAACAUCAGCUGGGAAAGGAAGCACCAACAAAUAAACUUCUCUAUGCCAAGGAUAUUCCACUUUACAAGGAGGAGGUGAAAGCUUACUAUAAAGCAAUCAGGGAUUUGCCUCCAUUGUCCUCUUCAGAAGUAGAAGACUUUUUAAUUCAGGAAUCUAAGAAACAUGAAAAUGAAUUCAAUGAGGAAGUGGCCUUGACUGCAAUCUACAGAUACAUAAAAACUUACCAUGAGGAACUCCCCCUGCCUUCCCCCACCCCUAGAGGAAGGCUCAGGGCAGCAUGGAAGCACUGUUUUGGUGCAGUGAAGGCUAGGGCGUUGCAGCCUGGGAGGAUGCAGCCCCUGCCCACUCUGACGUUGGACAGUCCUGUACCUGAUAAUAUCCUGACUAGGCUUGAGAGAGAUGGGGGACAAGAGGAAGCCCUGAAGCAGUUUCUGCAAGUAAAAGCCUUAUUUGAUGAGAAGAAAAAAUGCACGUGGAUGAGACCAGAGCACUGCUGAGAUGUGGCAAAUUGCUAAAAUAGAGCUACUGGUACCAUAGUCAGGUUGGGAGGCUGUAUGUAUAGUGAGCUAUUGUUCACCACUUUGACCAUUUAAACUGUUGCUUAAGUGUAAGACGUCAGAGAGGAAGGUCUGUUGAGCUAGACUGUCAAAUAUCUGCAGAUGCAAACGUGUGCGAAUAUAAUGCCUAUGCAUGCAGUCUCCUUGGCAUACACACACUUGUGUGCCCAUUCACCCGGGCUUGAAUAGCUGGCUGAAGAAAGACUUAAAAAACCUUAAGGCAAACCUGCAGAAACCAUUGCUCCCAGUGCAAGUGAAGAGAAACCUUCUUGUGAGAAUGGCUUUUGUAGGCCUGCCACCUGGUCAAUCUGUGAGGGUAAACUAUGGUCUUAAUCUAUGGAUUAAAAUCAUGAUUUUAAUUCCAGGGCUUGUCCUUUCCUUCUCCUACACACACAAAUAUGCAGAUAUGUUUACACACAUGAAAAAUUAUCACCUAUGACACCUUUAAUAUUAGUAGAAGUGUAGGAGAAGUCUCUCCAGGGCCUAAAAUGUGAAAGUCUUCUUUUCUUUAAAGUAAGUGGUAUUUAUCUCAUUUUAUAAAUUCCAAGUAGAUUAUACACAGAAUGAAAGACCUCCUCAAUUGGCUGUUUUAAGGACAUCUCACCUUUCAUUGGCUAUUGUUCAUGACCUCUUACUACUACCAUUUUUUUCAUCUAGUUGUAAAUGUACCAACCCAUUCUUGAGGAGCUGAAUGUUUGAUACUGCGGAAAUAAACACAUUGCAUCGCAUCGUCAUUAUUUCAGGGACCAAAUCAAACAGUGUUAAAUCUAUCUCCCAAGAUAGAAAAAAAGUUAGUUUAGUCCACGCCAUUUUCAUUAAGUAGUUCACAAGUUUCUCAACUGUAUAAAGCUAGCAGUUUUCCUGAUAGCAUGAAUGAAGUGUUCUGUUUGUAAACUAAAUGUUAUUUUUAGAAUUAGAGGCUGGAAAAGGGGGGGGUGAUAAAAGUCUAGCAUAAUUUUUAUAUUGUUCGGCACAAUGUACUACUAUUGCUGUGUAUAGCACAUCUGGGAUUUCCCAACAAGGUCCUUACCUGCCUUAUCUAACCCUUGAUUUUUGUAACUAAAUACCCACAGUGCUCCAGUUAGCUCAGGUGAAAUGAGGGAGCACCCUACAUUCCAAUUAACCCUGAGGCAGAAAUCCCAAAUACAGCGCAGUCCCAGUGUAGUGCAUGCGGGGCGUCAGCCCUGAAAUUAUAUGAGCGAGGUCCUGCCUACAGUACACAAUGUGUCCAUGUCCUCCGACUCAGCUAAAAACGAGUCACCCAGUUAGUUGCCUGCUAUCUGCAAAGGACUUGUGAACUCAUGCCAAAUGUUUUAAGUGAAUUACAGAGCGAGUGCUAUGCUGAUGUUCUACUUCAUCAUCAGCCACUCAUGGGGCAGGGGUAGAGGUGUAGAUAAGGGGGAAGAGGUGUCCUGUAUCUAGUUCAAGGAUGAUGCUUGUGCAAAGCCCCUAAGUUUAGCUUGGAAAUUCUAGGGCUCAGAGGAGGUUGUGUAGAUAAGCCAACAGCUCAGUUUGAAGUACUGGUAGUAGCAAAUGCCUCACUGAUGGAACAGAAGCUGCAGAGCAGACCAGAAUACCAAAGCUGGUAUUUUUGCAAGAAAUGCUGGUGGCUGGUCAGGCAUGCCACAAAGACUUGUGAAAUGCUAAUUACCCACUCGCUGGUAGCAGCAAAGCCUCUCUGACACUUAGCUUUGAUCUGUUUGACACUUGCACAAGUUCCGUCCUGUACCCAUUCAAAAAAAAGCCAUUAAUAAUUCUCACUUUGGCUUACUAAGUGUAGAUUUUAAUUAAUCUUCCACGUUUAAAUAUAAAAUUCAUGUCAUGUGUUAGAGCAGUGUUGUAGCACUGUUGCUAGAGGAAAGUUCAGUGCCUUUAGGGGUUUCUUUCUUUACCUUCUUCAGCAAGAUUCCUCAUGGCAAUUUUUUCUUGUGGUAUUUGCCAAAGCAGUGGGCACCAUUUUGAGUAGCUCUUCAUCCCAAGAUAAUAUUACUUGAAAGAAAAUUGAUUUAAAUUGCUGUUCUAAUUUAAUGUGAACAUAAGUUAAAAAUGAGCUUGUUAAAGUGACUCAAUAUUCAAUCUAGGCUCUGGGUAGUGUUCCCUCACCACUGCAUUAGCAGCUCUGUUUGGUUGUUUUAGAGAUUUAAUGUUCCUAAUUACUCUUCUGUAUUAAAUUACAUCUUUUUGUUGAAAAGGAAAACCCUCAGGUGUUCACUUUUUCCUUUUUAGUCAGACAUCUUAAAAGUUCAAUUCCAGGUCAAUCAUUUGUACUUUUGAAGGAAAUGUGAUCGUUUCACGUACAGGAAUACCUUAGAUAGAUCUCAGAGCAGGAGGAGCGAGACUGCCUUACAAGAAUGCUGCAGUUGGAAGGGUAGAAAAUAUUCUGCAGGAAGCUCCAUAAGGUGUAGAGAGGGCAAGGCCCUAUCAAUGCACAUUUGUAUAUAAGCAGAGGGACCAAAAGCAAUCCUAGUCUUUGUGCCACUGGCUGGUAAAUAACUGAUGAACCAGGUUGUGAGUGUAGUUGUACCAUUCAUGCCCCUUCAGCAGCCUUAAAUCGUGUGUUGGGAUUUACCAAGCUGUGAAGUAGGUUCUCCAAGUGGUGGUGUAAAGUAUAAGAGUCCUUUGGUAAACAUGUGUGAGUUCAUAACACUCGGAAUGCUCUCAGUAUUUGCAGUCCACUGGUGGUGUUUAUCUAGAGGGAAUGAACUGUCAGUUCAGAGGUUUGUCUACAGCAAUCUGUGAAUAAAGCCAUGUUAUGGCAAUCUAGUAAAUGUAACAGCUUUGUAUGUCAUUGAGACCAAGGUGUACUUAACUUAUUUUCAGAAGUUUACAGGCAAAAUAACUAUUACUUGCAAACAAUAUUUUUUCUAACACUAGCUUACAAAGCAUUAUUUUGCAGCCAAGAUAAUGUAGAGUUAAACCCUACUAACAUGUAAAGUACUUUUUGCUGUAUAGAACUUAAGCUAUUCUUUAAAAUGUUUUUAAUUAGUGCAUAUCCAAGAUACAUUUGGUGUGUAGACGGCUUUAUUUAGAAUAAAAAAUACACAUUUGAAAGUUGGUCAACUCA